GACUACUAGUGGUCACUUUCUCUCUCUUUCUCCAGAUUCUCUCUCUCCUCUCCUCUCUCCGAGCACCAAGAAUCCAUUUAAUCCGUCCAUCUCUCUCCUCAAGCCCUACAAAGUACACCAUCCUCUUCCGCCUCCCCCCUCUCUCCCCUGGCUUCCUAGCUAGGGUCAUCUGCUCGUGCUCCUCUUCUCUCUCUAAAAUCACAGAUGAACCAUACCAAAUAGGCCAUAAAAUAGUGUGUGAUCUCCCACACGCACGCACAAACACAAGCUCGCCACCCACCUUCCAUCAUCCAUCUCUUCUCUCUCAUCAUAUCAUAUGAGGAAGGAUUCUUUCCAACCUGCAAAAUCUUUCCCUGAUUGCCAGUUCUCUCUCUCUUUCUCUCUCUUUCUCUCUCUCUCUCUCUCGCUCUCGCUCUCUCUCUCUCUCUCUCUCUAGCACCACCGCUACAUCACACCUAACCUUCUCGAGCUAGACCCACAGGAAGAAGAGGUUUUGGAGUCAUCAAAUCCAUUCCACUCUCUUCCAAACAACCACUUCAUUUACCCAGCCAAAAAAUAUACACAACAAGAUAUAUACUUAUAUCUGUGUAUAUAUACCAUGGCCUAAUUGACCAUGGACGUCGCCGGAGACGGCGGAGGCGGCCGCCGCCCCAACUUCCCCUUGCAGCUCCUUGAGAAGAAGGAGGAGCAGCCGUGCUCCAGCUCGGCUGCGGUGGGCGCCUCAACGGGCGGCAACGGGAAUGGAUCGGGGGAGGGCGGCGGGGCCGGAGGCGAGGUGCAGGUGCGGAAGGCGGCGCCCAAGCGGAGCUCAACCAAGGACCGGCACACCAAAGUGGAAGGCAGGGGGCGGCGCAUCCGGAUGCCGGCGCUGUGUGCGGCGCGGGUGUUCCAGCUGACGCGAGAGCUGGGGCACAAGACGGACGGCGAGACCAUCGAGUGGCUGCUGCAGCAGGCCGAGCCGGCGGUGAUCGCGGCCACUGGCACCGGCACCAUCCCGGCCAACUUCACCUCCCUCAACAUCUCCCUCCGCUCCUCGGGCUCCUCGUUCUCCGCCCCAGCUCACCUCCGCGCCGCCUUGCCCAACCCCGCCGCAGCCGCUCGGUUCGGCCGUGCUGACGCGUGGGACCGGGUUGUCGGCCUUGGGUUCCCUUCGGAGGGCCUCGCGUCGUCGUCGUCGUCGCCGUCCCCAUUGUUGCUUAACUUCCACUCGGGCAGUGUCGGUCUUGACGUGCAGCCGUCUCCGUCUGCUGCCGCGGCGGCCGCCGACAUCUCAAGGAAGCGGCGGUGGGAACAAGAGAUGCAGCAACAACAACAACAGCAAUAUCAGCAGCAGAUGGCGGGGUACACGCAGAGCCAAAUGCCGACCACUGUGUGGAUGGUGCCGAGCAACAACACGCAGGGUGGGGUGCCUUCCGGCGGUGGCAGCGGCGUUGGCAGUGGCGAGUCUAUUUGGACGUUCCCGCAGAUGGGCAGCGCCGCAGCCGCGGCUGCUGUGUACCGGGGGAGCGUGCCGAGCGGGCUACAUUUUAUGAACUUCCCUGCACCGAUGGCGCUGCUUCCGGGGCAGCAGCUGGGGCUCGGCCCCGUGGGAAGCGGCGGCGGCGGCGGCGGCGGCGGAGGUGUAGGAGGCGAAGGGCACAUGGGGAUCCUCGCCGCCCUCAAUGCGUACCGGCUACAUGCGGCGACGGAUUCCGGGGCAGGUCAGGGCGGAGGUGGUGGAGGAGGGUCUGGCCAGCAGCAACACGGUGGCGGGCGCGGCGAGCGGCAUGAGAGCAUGAGCACCAGCGACUCGUAGGACGGGUCUCCGAGGAUCGCAUGCAUGGACUGGUGUGGCUUUGAUCUGUUCUUUGUUUUGGUUUCAUUUUUUACUUUUUUGUGGUUUCCUUCCUCUCCUCCUAGCUAGACACUCUUGCAAGGAUUGCACGUAGCUGCAUUCCAUGGCAUGCGAUAGGAUCGGUCAUCCUACGCAAGCUGUGUGCUUGUGAGUGAGAGAGCGAGGCAUGUCAUGGGAAGAAGAGGGAUGUCAUGGGAAGAGGAGGGAAACGCAGCAGCAGAGAGAUUGUUCAUUUUGUUCUUUAGUUUUAGGGUUUGAUCAAAUGCGAGCAGAAGAGAUUUUUUAUCAAGCAUGGCAAUCAUAUGCCGUGAUGGUUCAUUUUUUUUCAACCAAGUGCCAGUUAGUUCUAGCUCCCAUGU